AAUGCCGGAAACUUACGAACAAAUUAAACAGAAGGUGUACGAUGAAAUGCAAAAGGCGGAUUGGGUUACUUUUACAACAGAUAUUUGGACAAACCAAUCAAAAAGCUGCUCUUUACUUAGCUUUACUGCUCAUUUUAUUCUUGGCUCAAAAAGAUUGAAAUAUAUUUUAGGUGCAUCAGUUUUAGAAGAGGAUCAUACAGGGUCGUAUAUAUGCGAAAAAUUGGAAGCUGUAAUUGAAGAAUUUAAACUUGAAAAUAAAAUUCAUAUGGGUAUUUCAGAUAAUGCAAAAAAUGUGAAAUGUGCCAUGAAAAUUGCAGAUUUUCCAUCGUUUGGUUGUAUGGCGCAUACAAUUCAUCCUAUUGUACAAGAAAGCUUAGCGCCUUAUCAAGAAAUAAAAACUAAAUGUAUAUCAAUAGUUGGCCAUUUUAAAAGAUCAGAGCAAGCAUACGGAAAAUUAAAAAAAUACAAGAAAAAUGUUCCUUGCCAUUGCAUCAACUUGUACAGGAUGUUGAUACAAGGUGGAACAGUACCUACUUAAUGAUGUGCAGAUUAAUAGAACAAAAGGAUGCUUUGUGCUUAUAUGCUAUUAAAACUAAAAAAUAGAAAUUCUUACAGCUAAAGAGUGGAAAAUUAUAAGUGAAAUAGUAAAUUUACUGCAAAGCUUUUAU